UGAUAAAUAAGCCUAAAAUAAUGAAUGAAUAUCAAUCAUAUACUUCUGAUAAUCGUAAAUCGAAAUAAACAAUUAAUACAAUGGAAGAGCUUAGUAAAAAUCAAUCAUUCAGAAUUCUCAAGCUGUAAACAUCUGGUUUAGGUAAGAUGAAUAAUAGUAGUAAAAGAAACCCAUAAAACUUUGAUGUUUCAUAAGUCUCAACAUCUAUGCCAUUAAGGUAAUUUUGUUGAGUUAUUAUAACUAUAAGUUAGAAGAACAUGUUAUCUUUUUUGGCUCAUGAUGAGUUAAAGCGUCCAAAUUCAUAUGAAUAGUUAUAUUAAGAUUUGUAACAAUCAAAACAAUAAGUAAACAAUCUUAGAGAUGAGAAUAUUCGACUAAGAACCAAGGUUUAACAUAAUGAAGUAAGAAUUAUUGGAUUUAAUUUAGAGAGAAUUCUUAAAAUAUGAGAACUUAAUUGAAGAUUUAACAACAUAAAAGAAAUCCAAUAAUCAAGAUAUUUAGAUUAUUUCACUUCGUAAAUAAGUCAAAGAUAAAAGUUAGGAAUUAGAAGAUAAAAUAAAAGAAUUAGAUAUUUUAAAGAGAAAUAGUAAAGUUUGCAAAUUAUAAGAAUUAGAGGUGAUUAUAUUUAUUAAAUUGUAGAUCGAGAAAAAAGUUUAUUUUGAAUAAACUCUAAUGAUGAAGCAUAUGUUAUAAAUGGCCUAAGAUUAAAUAUAAUACCAAUAAAGCAAAUUAGAACAAGUGUAAUAAUUAGAAUCACAAUUAGAUGUUUGUCAUGAAUAACUUUUUAAAUUAUAAUAAUAAAAUAAUGAAUAAUUUGAACUAAUCAAUAAAAAGGAAUAAAUAAUAAAAGAAAUGAAAAUUCAAUUAAAAAACUAAUCAAUAAAAUAAUAACAAUUAAUUUAAAAGCAAUAAUAGAUUUAAUAAAAGUAUGAUAAUUUAUAAUUACUCUAUUAAUCAAUUAAAGGGAAUAACAAUAUAAAUACUCUUAAGGAUUCUACUCUAAAGUUUCCGAAAGAUAUUAUUUUAUUGAAAUUACAUUCAAAGAGAGUGACAAUGAAUUAAUAUAAAGAAGCAUUGGAAGGAUUAAAAAAGGCUAAAAACAAAUAGGAGUUUGGUCAACUUUUGUAAUAGUAAGAAUAUCAAAUUAAGAAAAUAGAGAUCCAUUUUAGUUAAACGAAACUGAAUCUUAAUAGGUAAUAGAUAAGUUAAUAGGGACAUAGUCAUUAUAUUAACAAUUUAUUACUUAAUUAAGUUAUCAAUCCUUAGAAGGUUUAGAUGAGUAAUAGACAUAACAAUUAAUAAAUAAGGUAUUCCAAUAAGUAGCGUAUAGUCUCUUUAAUCUAAAAAAGAUCGUGUACGAUAGUAUUGGAUUCAAUAUAAAUACAAAAAGGUUGGAAGAGACGAUAUUAUCAAAUUUAUUUAGGCCAUGAAUUUUAAUUGGGAUUAAUAGACAACAUCAUAUUUUCUAUUAGAAGUAUUUUAUUUGUUUAUAUAAGAUAUUUUAAAAUAAUUUAUCAAAUAAUAAUAUUACUAAUAAUAGUGAAUAAAACUCUUAAAGUAUGAGAGUAUCAAUAGAUUUAAUAACAAACCCUUUUUAAAGAUAAUCUCAUCAUAAAAGUUCUAAUGAAGUUUAAUAAUAAGAUAGUUUUAUUAGAGAUUUGAAUGAGUAAUAAAGUAAUUAAUAGGUAAUCGAGAAUUUUAAUCCGAAUGAUGAAGUGUUAAUCAAUUAAUUUUUCCCUGCUGAUGAAGAAGAUAAAUAAUUUGAAAUAUUAAAUAGUAAUCCUUAAGAUAAAUUAACUUCAAAAUAUCAAUAACAGAAUGAAAUCUAAGAGGUUAAUGAAGAAGAUAUGUUGAGUUCUAAACCUUAAGAUGAAGAUAAUGCUAAUGAUAUGGCAUAUUUGGAAAGCAAUUAAUAAGAAGAAUUAGCAUAAGAAGUUAAAAGUCUUGAAAUUUUGAAUGAUUAUCAAUAAUGA